GUUUACUCAGGAUGGGCUGGCAGUGGCUUGUAGGCAGAGGAACUUGCCAGUCUCCUAUUUGUAAUAUCUUACAAGGAGAGGAUUUUGAAGAUGCUUGCACUGAGCUUCAGGAAUUCGAGGAUAGAAGGGAACUUCCAGAAGUCAGUCAAGAUGAAUAUGGUGAAGAGGAUCAUGGGCCGGCCGCGGCAGGAGGAGUGUAGCCCCCAGGAUAACGCUCUGGGCUUGAUGCAUCUGCGUCGCCUCUUCACAGAGCUCUGCCAUCCUCCACGGCACAUGACCCAGAAAGAACAAGAAGAAAAACUUUACAUGAUGUUGCCGGUGUUUAACAGGGUGUUUGGAAAUGCUCCUCCGAGUACAAUGACAGAAAAAUUCUCUGACCUCCUGCAGUUUACUACUCAAGUGUCACGAUUGAUGGUGACUGAAAUCCGACGGAGAGCAUCGAAUAAGUCCACAGAGGCUGCAAGUCGUGCCAUAGUCCAGUUUCUGGAGGUCAAUCAGAGCGAAGAAGCAAGUAGAGGUUGGAUGCUGCUCACCACAAUCAAUUUACUAGCUUCAUCGGGACAGAAAACUGUGGACUGCAUGACUACGAUGUCAGUGCCUUCCACGCUUGUUAAAUGUCUAUAUCUGUUUUUUGACCUUCCACAUGUGCCUGAGGUAGUUGGAGGAGCACAGAAUGAACUACCUCUCGCAGAGCGCCGAGCGCUACUACAGAAAGUCUUUGUGCAGAUCCUAGUAAAAUUGUGCAGUUUCGUGUCCCCGGCGGAAGAACUGGCUCAAAAGGAUGAUCUCCAGCUUCUCUUCAGUGCAAUAACCUCAUGGUGCCCUCCCUAUAACCUGCCUUGGAGGAAGAGUGCAGGGGAAGUACUGAUGACCAUAUCACGGCAUGGCCUUAGCGUCAACGUAGUGAAAUACAUCCAUGAAAAGGAGUGUUUGUCCACGUGUGUUCAGAACAUGCAGCAGUCUGAUGACCUUUCUCCCCUAGAAAUAGUUGAGAUGUUUGCUGGACUUUCUUGUUUCCUCAAAGACUCCAGUGAUGUAUCCCAAACCUUGUUGGAUGAUUUUAGGAUAUGGCAAGGAUACAACUUCCUCUGUGACCUCCUCCUCAGAUUAGAACAGGCAAAAGAGGCUGAAUCUAAGGAUGCUUUGAAGGACUUGGUGAAUUUGAUAACUUCCUUAACAACGUAUGGUGUCAACGAAUUAAAGCCAGCUGGUGUUACCACUGGAGUACCUUUCCUACUGCCUGGAUUUGCAGUCCCACAGCCUGCAGGCAAAGGUCAUAGUGUGAGGAAUAUUCAAGCAUUUUCGGUCCUCCAGAACGCAUUUUUGAGAGCAAAAACCAACUAUCUAGCACAAAUCAUCCUCGAUGCCAUCACCAAUAUUUAUAUGGCGGACAAUGCCAACUACUUCAUUUUGGAAUCGCAGCACACGUUGUCUCAGUUUGCGGAGAAAAUUCCUAAACUUCCAGAAGUGCAGACCAAAUACUUUGAGAUGCUGGAAUUUGUUGUCUUCAGCUUGAACUACAUACCCUGUAAAGAACUGAUCAGCGUGAGCAUCCUUUUAAAAUCCAGCACUUCUUUUCAGUGUAGCAUCAUCGCCACGAAGACGCUCCUGAAGUUCACCCGUCACGACUACAUCUUUAAGGAUGUCUUCAGGGAAGUGGGGCUUCUGGAGGUGAUGGUAAACCUUCUUCAUAAAUAUGCAGCCCUUCUGAAAGAUCCCACUCAAGCACUGAAUGAUCAAGGGGAUUCAAGAAACAGUUCAUUUGAGGACCAAAAGCAGCUGGCUUUAUUGGUUAUGGAGACCUUGACAGUACUACUACAAGGAUCAAACACAAAUGCAGGUAAGGAGUUUGGUGGUGCCAGAUGCGUGCACAACAUAGUGAAGUAUCCCCAGUGCCGACAGCACGCCCUGAUGAUCAUCCAGCAGUUGGUGUUAUCACCUAGUGGAGAAGACGAUAUGGGCACUUUGUUGGGACUGAUGCACUCGGCUCCACCCACGGAACUGCAGCUGAAAACGGACAUCUUAAGGGCCCUGCUCUCGGUGCUGAGGGAGAGUCACCGCACAAGAACUGUCUUUAGAAAAGUCGGUGGGUUUGUGUAUGUCACAUCUUUGCUCGUUGCCAUGGAGAGAUCUUUGUGCUCGCCCCCAAAGAACGGCUGGGAGAAAGUAAACCAGAAUCAAGUGUUUGAGCUGCUCCACACUGUGUUCUGCACGCUGACUGCAGCCAUGCGCUACGAGCCCGCCAACUCGCACUUCUUCAAAACAGAGAUCCAGUAUGAAAAACUGGCAGAUGCUGUUCGAUUACUUGGCUGCUUCUCAGACUUGAGAAAAAUAAGCCCCUUGAAUGUCUUCCCUUCAAACACGCAACUGUUUCAAAGACUUUUGGAGGAUGACCUAAUAUCCCUGGAUUCUGUGUCACCGACGCUAAGACACUGCAGCAAACUUUUUAUUUACCUCUACAAGGUAGCAACAGAUUCUUUUGACAGUCGUGCAGAACAGAUCCCUCCUUGCCUGACAAAUGAGACUUCUCUCCCCUCUCCCUGGGGUACGCCAGCUUUGUCCAGGAAAAGGCACGCAUAUCACUCUGUUUCAACACCUCCUGUUUGCCCUCAGAAAACCAUAGCUGAUGUGAAACUCCAAACAGGCCCCACAUCUGCACAAAGCUCUGAUGCGGUCAUUAUCCACCCUGGUGCUAUGCUUGCCAUGCUGGAUCUUCUGGCCUCUGUUGGAUCAGCUACACACCCAGAGCACGCUCUGGCUCUCCAGCUGGCAGUGGCCAACAUCCUCCAAUCCCUGGUGCACACAGAGAGAAACCAGCAAGUCAUGUGUGAAGCCGGGCUCCACGCACGACUCCUGCAAAGGUGCAGCGCUGCUCUGGCUGAUGAGGACCACUCGCUGCAUCCCCCUCUCCAAAGGAUGUUUGAAAGGCUGGCUUCCCAGGCACUGCAGCCCAUGGUGUUGAGGGAAUUUUUACGCUUGGGAAAUCCUUUGAAUUGUGGAGCCUGGGACAAAAAGCUGUUGAAACAAUAUCGAGUGCACAAACCCAGCUCGCUGAGCUUUGAGCCAGAAAUGAGAAAUAGCAUGGUUACCUCCAUGGAAGGUCUGGGUUCUGACAGCGUCUUCGCUUCGCACGAAGACAGCCACUACCGGAUAAGCAAGAGCCUGCUCAAGCCAGCAGAAGGGAGCACAGUACCCCUGACGAGAGUGAAGUGUCUGGUCUCCAUGACAACGCCACAUGAUAUCAGGCUUCACGGAUCAUCGGUCACACCAGCAUUCAUUGAGUUUGACACCUCUCUUGAAGGGUUCGGCUGCCUGUUCUUGCCAAGUUUGGCUCCCCAUAAUGCACCUACAAAUAAUGCUGUGACAACAGGACUUAUCGACGGCGCGGUUGUCAGCGGGAUUGGAACUGGUGAAAGAUUUUUCCCCCCACCGUCUGGUUUAAGCUACUCAACUUGGUUUUGUAUUGAACACUUUAGUACACCUCCUAAUAACCAUCCUGUGAGGCUCCUCACUGUAGUGCGGCGGGCAAACUCCUCCGAGCAGCAUUAUGUGUGCCUUGCCAUUGUCCUCUCAGCAAAAGACCGGUCCUUGAUCGUUUCAACUAAAGAAGAAUUGCUUCAAAAUUAUGUUGAUGACUUCAGUGAGGAAUCGUCGUUUUAUGAAAUUCUUCCCUGUUGUGCCCGUUUCCGCUGUGGUGACCUCAUUGUGGAAGGCCAGUGGCAUCACCUGGUCCUCGUCAUGAGUAAAGGCAUGCUGAAGAACAGCACAGCUGCACUCUACCUUGAUGGACAGCUUGUUAACACCGUGAAGCUCCACUAUAUCCACAGCAGUCCCAGUGGGUCAGGUUCUGCCAAUCCCCCUGUAGUCAGCACUGUCUACGCCUACAUCGGCACCCCCCCGGCACAGCGCCAGCUCUCUUCUCUGGUGUGGAGGUUGGGCCCCACGCAUUUCCUGGAGGAAGUUCUGCCCGCCCCGGGUGUCAGCACCAUUUACGAGCUGGGACCAAACUACGUGGGGAGCUUUCAAGCCGUAUACGUACCCUGCAAAGAUUCAAAGUCUGAAGGAAUCAACCCCUCUCCAGUAUCUUUGGUACCGGAAGAGAAGGUUUCUUUUGGUCUCUAUGCGCUGUCAGUUUCUUCAUUUACCGUGGCAAAAAUAAGGAAAGUUUACAACAAGUUGGAUAGUAAAGCCAUUGCCAAACAGCUGGCUAUUUCUUCUCAUGAAAAUGCCACACCUGUGAAGCUGCUGCAUAACUCAGCAGGGCAUUUGAAUGGACCAGCGCGCUCCAUUGGUGCAGCUCUGAUAGGAUAUUUGGGAGUGAGAACGUUUGUCCCCAAGCCUGUUGCCACCACGCUGCAGUACAUCGGUGGAGCUGCGGCUAUUUUGGGACUUGUAGCCAUGGCAUCAGAUGUAGAGGGCUUGUAUGCAGCUGUGAAGGCUUUGGUUUGUGUGGUGAAGAGCAAUCCACUCGCCAGCAAAGAAAUGGAAAGAAUCAAAGGUUAUCAGUUGCUGGCAAUGCUGUUGAAGAAGAAACGAUCCCUUCUGAACAGCCACAUCCUCCAUCUGACCUUUUCCUUGGUGGGGACUGUCGAUAGCGGGCACGAGACGUCCAUUAUUCCCAAUUCUGCUGCCUUCCAGGAUCUGCUCUGUGAUUUUGAAGUCUGGCUUCAUGCACCCUACGAGCUUCAUCUGUCGCUAUUCGAGCACUUCAUCGAACUUCUCACCGAGUCAAGCGAGGCAGCAAAGAAUGCCAAGUUAAUGAGGGAAUUCCAGCUUAUCCCAAGACUGCUCUUGACCCUUCGAGACAUGUCUCUGUCCCAGCCUACUAUUGCUGCAAUUAGUAAUGUGCUGAGCUUUUUGCUUCAAGGCUUCCCUAGCAGCUACGACUUGCUCAGGUUUGGACAGUUCAUCUCUUCCACUUUACCUACCUUUGCGGUCUGUGAGAAGUUUGUAGUCAUGGAAAUAAACAACGAAGAGAAGCUUGACAGUGGAACAGAGGAUGAUUUUGGAGGACUUGUUUCAGCGAAUCUUAUUCUACUGCGGAACAGGCUUUUAGAUAUCCUCCUGAAACUCCUGUAUACAUCUAAAGAAAAGACAACUGUUAAUUUGCAGGCUUGUGAAGAACUGGUCAAGACACUGGGUUUUGACUGGAUUAUGAUGUUUAUGGAAGAACAUCUACAUUCCACCACGGUCACAGCAGCCAUGAGAAUUCUUGUGGUCCUGUUGAGUAACCAGUCCAUCCUUAUCAAAUUUAAGGAGGGUCUCAGUGGUGGAGGCUGGCUCGAUCAGACGGAUUCCGUCUUGACCAACAAGAUUGGCACUGUGCUAGGGUUCAACGUGGGCAGGAGCGCCGGCGGCAGGUCGACGGUCCGGGAGAUUAACCGGGAUGCUUGUCACUUCCCAGGCUUUCCUGUCCUGCAGUCCCUUCUCCCCAAGCACACCAACGUCCCUGCCCUCUAUUUCCUCCUCAUGGCCCUGUUCCUGCAGCAGCCGGUCACUGAACUGCCCGAAAACCUGCAGGUCAGUGCGCCGCUCCUCACCAGCCGCUGUAAGCAGGGUUGCCAGUUUGAUUUAGACUCUAUUUGGACGUUCAUAUUUGGAGUCCCUGCCUCGUGCGGCACCGUUACCUCUUCAAUACACAGCGUUUGCACGGAAGCUGCCUUCUUGUUACUGGGAAUGCUGAGGAGCAUGCUGAAUUCUCCUUGGCAGUCGGAGGAAGAAGGCUCCUGGCUUCGAGAAUAUCCAGUCACCUUGAUGCAGUUCUUCCGCUAUUUGUACCAUAACGUGCCAGACCUCGUCUCCUUGUGGAUGAGCCCCGAGUUCCUGUGUGCCCUGGCAGCAACGGUGUUCCCUUUCAACAUACGACCUUACUCUGAGAUGGUCACUGAUCUUGAUGAUGAAGUUGGGUCCCCAGCUGAAGAGUUCAAAGCCUUUGCAGCUGAUUCUGGCAUGAACAGGAGCCAGUCGGAAUACUGCAACGUUGGCACCAAGACCUACCUAACCAACCAUCCUGCCAAGAAGUUUGUGUUUGACUUCAUGCGUGUGCUGAUAAUUGAUAACUUGUGUCUCACACCAGCCAGCAAACAGACUCCACUGGUAGAUCUUCUGCUAGAGGCUUCUCCUGAAAGAUCAACACGAACUCAGCAGAAGGAGUUUCAGACAUAUGUUUUGGAUGGGGUGAUGGACCACUUGCUUGCGGCUGAUGUUUUAUUGGGUGAAGAUGCAUCCUUGCCUAUAACGAGUGGAGGAAGCUACCAAGUGCUGGUGAACAAUGUGUUUUAUUUCACACAGCGUGUGGUAGAUAAGCUUUGGCAGGGCAUGUUCAACAAAGAAUCCAAACUUCUUGUGGACUUCAUAAUCCAGCUGAUUGCACAGUCAAAAAGAAGAUCUCAGGGACUAUCGCUGGAUGCUAUUUAUCACUGCCUGAACAGGACCAUCUUGUAUCAGUUCUCAAGGCCGCACAAAACUGUUCCUCAGCAAGUGGCUCUCCUUGAUUCCCUGAGGGUCCUUACCGUGAACAGAAAUUUGAUUUUGGGACCUGGCAACCAUGACCAAGAGUUCAUCAGCUGCCUAGCUCACUGCUUGAUCAACCUGCAUGUGGGAAGCAACGUCGAUGGGUUUGGAUUGGAAGCAGAAGCCAGGAUGACAACUUGGCACAUUAUGAUCCCCUCUGAUAUAGAACCAGAUGGAGUCUACAAUCAAGACGUCAGCGAAGGUCGCCAGCUUCUUUUAAAAGCCAUAAACAGAGUGUGGACGGAGCUGAUCCACAGUAAAAAACAGGUUUUAGAAGAAGUUUUCAAAGUGACCCUACCUGUCAACGAUCGUGGCCAAGUGGAUAUCACUGUUGCGAGACAGCUGAUUGAGGAAGCAAGUUUAAAGUGUUGGCAAAAUCACUUGGCUCACGAGAAGAAAUGCAUCAGUAGAGGGGAGGCUCUGGUUCCAAGCACCCAGUCCAAACUUUCACGAGUCAGCAGUGGCUUUGGCCUCUCUAAACUGACCGGCUCCAGGAGAAACCGCAAGGAGAGCGGGCUCAACAAACACAACCUCUCCACACAGGAAAUUUCCCAGUGGAUGUUUACCCACAUCGCAGUGGUUCGGGACCUGGUGGACAUGCAGUAUAAGGAAUAUCAGGAGCGUCAGCAGAACGCGUUAAAAUACGUGACAGAAGAGUGGUCUCAAAUUGAAUACGAGUUGCUACGAGAGCGAGGUUUGUGGGGCCCUCCCAUCGGCUCCCACCUGGACAAGUGGAUGUUGGAGAUGACUGAGGGUCCCUGCAGAAUGAGGAAGAAGAUGGUGCGGAAUGACAUGUUUUAUACCCAGUAUCCCUACAUGCCUGAAGCCGAGCAAGAAACGAACUUGCUGUCUGACUUCUCAAGUAGACUUCCUGAGACACCCGAUGAUACCAUUCCUCAAAAGAAACCGGCUCGUUACCGAAGAGCGAUAAGUUACGACAGCAAGGAGUACUACAUGCGCCUGGCUUCUGGAAACCCUGCCGUCUUUCAGGACGCUAUCGAAGAGAAUACAGUAGGUGAAACAACCCAGCAGGAGCCAGAACACGGGGAGGACACGAUUGCAAGAGUCAAAGGCCUGGUGAAGCCUCCCCUGAAACGAUCUCGCUCUGCUCCUGAUGGAGGAGAUGAUGAGAACCAGGACCAAUCCCAGGAUCAAAUCGUUGAGGGGAGUUCGAUUGACGAAGAGGAGAAGACUGACAAUACAACUUUGCUUCGGCUUCUCGAAGAAGGAGAGAAGAUUCAGCACAUGUACCGCUGCGCUCGGGUCCAGGGACUGGACACCAGUGAAGGGCUGCUUCUCUUUGGGAAAGAGCACUUCUACGUCAUCGAUGGGUUCACCAUGACAGCCACCAGAGAAAUACGGGACAUUGAGACGCUGCCUCCAAAGAUGCAUGAGCCAAUCAUUCCUAGGGGAGCAAGGCAGGGUCCAAGUCAACUCAAAAGAACAUGCAGCAUUUUUGCAUAUGAAGAUAUCAAGGAAGUACAUAAAAGGAGAUACCUUUUGCAGCCAAUUGCAAUUGAAGUUUUCUCUGGAGAUGGACGGAACUAUCUUCUAGCUUUCCAAAAAGGAGUUAGAAACAAAGUUUAUCAAAGGUUUUUGGCAGUGGUGCCAUCUCUAACUGACAGUUCGGAGUCGGUGUCUGGGCAGAGACCAAACACCAGUGUAGAGCAAGGGUCUGGCUUGCUUAGCACUUUAGUGGGAGAAAAAUCCGUUACUCAAAGAUGGGAAAGAGGAGAAAUCAGUAACUUCCAGUACCUGAUGCACUUAAACACGCUGGCGGGCAGAUCCUAUAACGAUCUCAUGCAGUACCCUGUCUUUCCCUGGAUCCUGGCAGACUACGAUUCGGAGGAACUGGAUCUUACGAAUCCCAAGACGUUUAGAAACCUGGCCAAGCCCAUGGGAGCUCAAACAGAAGACAGGUUAGCCCAGUACAAGAAGCGAUACAAAGACUGGGAAGAUCCAAAUGGAGAAACUCCAGCUUAUCACUACGGGACCCACUAUUCAUCAGCCAUGAUAGUGGCUUCCUAUCUCGUCCGCAUGGAGCCUUUCACUCAGAUUUUCUUACGGUUACAGGGUGGGCACUUCGACCUGGCCGACCGCAUGUUCCACAGCGUACGGGAGGCUUGGUAUUCAGCAUCGAAGCACAACAUGGCAGACGUCAAGGAGCUCAUCCCAGAGUUCUUCUACCUCCCCGAGUUCCUGCUCAAUUCCAACAAUUUUGACCUAGGUUGCAAACAAAAUGGCACUAAACUCGGUGAUGUCAUACUCCCCCCAUGGGCAAAAGGAGAUCCUCGUGAAUUUAUCAGAGUUCAUCGGGAGGCUCUGGAAUGUGACUUCGUGAGCGCGCACCUGCACGAGUGGAUUGACUUGAUCUUUGGCUACAAGCAGCAAGGUCCUGCUGCCGUGGAAGCUGUAAAUGUCUUUCACCAUCUCUUCUAUGAGGGGCAAGUGGACAUCUAUAACAUCAAUGAUCCCUUAAAAGAGACAGCUACCAUAGGAUUCAUUAAUAACUUCGGACAGAUACCAAAGCAGCUCUUCAAAAAACCACAUCCACCCAAGCGUGUUAGAAGCCGACUGAAUGGAGAGACUGUGGGAACCUCUGUGCCCCCUGGUUCCACAAGUGACAAGAUUUUUUUCCAUCAUUUGGACAACCUGAGGCCAUCUCUUGCCCCAGUGAAAGAGCUCAAGGAGCCGGUGGGACAGAUCGUGUGUACAGAUAAAGGCAUUUUGGCAGUAGAGCAGAAUAAGGUUCUUAUCCCACCCACCUGGAAUAAAACUUUUGCCUGGGGCUAUGCAGACCUCAGCUGUCGACUGGGUACCUACGAGUCGGACAAGGCAGGAAUUGUUUAUGAGUGUUUGUCAGAAUGGGGUCAAAUACUGUGUGCCAUUUGCCCCAACCCCAAACUAGUUAUCACUGGAGGAACAAGCACAGCGGUGUGCGUGUGGGAAAUGGGCAUCUCCAAAGAAAAAGCUAAAGCCCUUACACUGAAACAGGCGUUGCUGGGUCACACUGACACUGUCACCUGCCUGACAGCGUCGCUGGCCUAUCACAUCAUUGUGAGUGGGUCACGGGACCGCACCUGCAUCAUCUGGGAUUUGAAUAAACUCUCUUUUCUGACACAGCUUCGAGGUCACAAGGCUCCAGUUUCAGCUCUCUGUAUAAACGAAUUAACGGGGGAUAUUGUAUCAUGUGCUGGCACUUAUAUCCACGUGUGGAGCAUCAACGGCAGCCCUACAGCAAGCAGAAACACUUUCACUGGCCGAAGCCAGCAGAUCAUGUGUUGCUUUGUGUCAGAGAUGAACGAGUGGGACACCCAGAACGUCAUUGUAACGGGACAUUCCGACGGAGUUGUCCGGUUCUGGCGGAUGGAGUUUUUGCAAGUACCAGAAACACCAGCUCCAGAGCCUGCGGAGAUGCUGGAAAUGCAAGAGGAUUGUCAGGAAGCACAAAUAGGGCAGGAAGCCCACGAAGAGGACAGCAGUGACUCCGAGGCAGAUGAUCCAUGCGUAGGCCAGGACACCAAGCUGCAGGAGAGCCAGAGCCAACCCAGCAGCACCAGCCACAGGCCUCGGUCGGCAUCCAACAGAGCGGCGGCGGCGUGGUCAGCAGACAGCGGCUCCGAUGACUCCAGGAGGUGGUCAGACCAGCUCAGCUUGGACGAGAAAGACGGCUUUAUCUUCGUGAACUAUUCUGAGGGACAAGCAAAAAUGCAUCCCCAUGCUCAGGUCAACCACCCACACCCCAGCUACGCCGAAGCACGGCACUACAGCAAGCUCAAACCAGGCUACAGAUGGGAGCGUCAGUUGGUGUUCAGGAGCAAACUCACUAUGCACACGGCAUUCGAUCGCAAAGACAACGCACACCCGGCCGAGAUCACCGCCCUCGGCAUCUCCAAGGAUCACAGCAGAAUUCUGAUUGGGGACGGCCGAGGCAGAGUGUUCAGCUGGUCUGUGAGCGACCAGCCCGGCCGCUCAGCAGCAGAUCACUGGGUGAAGGACGAGGGGGGGGACAGCUGCUCGGGCUGCGCCGUCAGGUUCUCGCUCACCGAGAGGCGUCACCACUGCAGGAACUGUGGACAGCUCUUCUGCCAGAAGUGCAGCAGGUUUCAGUCGGAAAUCAAGCGUCUGAAGAUCUCGUCGCCGGUCAGGGUCUGCCAGAACUGCUUCUACAACCUGCAGCACGAGCGGGGUUCAGAGGAGGGGUCCAGAAAUUGAUGGGGUCCCAGCAAACAGAGACAACCCCCCCCAUCCCACCCCACCCCAGCCCAGCCCCCGCCGUCGCCCCGAGGACUGGGGAGAGUAUCGUGCGCUGAUCGGAAGGGAUUCAGAAUAUUGUCUGUUUACACUUAAGUUUUUACUGAGUUUUAAGCACUAAAAAGUGAAAAAAAAAAAAAGGGAUCAUUGAAUUGAUUUGUGUUGACAGAAGGUAAACGAGGCUGAGGGCAUCAUGAAGUGAAGAGCAAGGCCCAGGAAGACAUGGUUAAUAACCACAGAUCCAAUAGAACUGUCAACCCCUAAACCUGCGUUGACGUGGCUGUCCAGAAAAUCCUCACUUAUCCUAAAUAACCCGUUCUUGUCUUGUUUUGUAGAGCUAGUCAUCUUUAUCGGGGGGGAGGGGGAGGGGAAGGCUUUUUAGAAGAAUAGUUGUAAAUCUGCCUUCUUCGCGAGCAAACUGUGUAUAUUGUAAAUAGGUAUAAUGGCCUUUUUAUCUAAAUAUGAACUUAACUGCCUGUUACAUGGGACUUCAGAUUAACCACUAGACUUCUAUACUUUGUGUGGCAUCUUUAUCUCAUCUAUCGAUUUAAAUACGAAUGUUUAAAAAAACAAACAAACAAAAAAAACAAACAAAAAAAAGAAAAACCAGAAAACUCGAAGGCAUUAUGCGUUUUUCUGUUAAAAAUCCAGUCUGUGCAUGUUUGUUCUUUCAGUUGCCCACAGUAUCUUAAUUUAAGUAAGGCUAUUCAUAGAAUUACAUGGAUUUUUUCAAAAGAAACCAUUUUUGAGACUAGGACUUGGAGUAUUUUAUCCUAGCUGUAAGAUAACCAGGAACUAAACUGUACACUUGUGUUGCAUUUUAUACCAAACUCUUGACCACCUCAGUGUUGUUCAUAUUUAAUGAGGCCUCUUUUAUACAUAUAUGUCAGAGCUGCGGUUUUGUUAAUUACUUGAUGUUCAUUAGCAGCUGAUUCAUGCAGUGCAAGAACCAGCUUUUAACUUCUUUAGUCCCUAGCAAUUGGCUGGCGUAUAGAUACAGAGCCAAUUCCUCCUGCCUAAAAUUGAACUGCUGUUGUCCUGUAGCUUGUUUGCAAAAAAAAAAACCCCAAUUUCUGGAACAAUGAGGCGUUGCUCUGGAUGAUAGGGUGAUAUUGGUCAGGUCAGAAACGCUUCCAAGAGCUGUCUUCAUGUUUCAGCCCGUGGCAUCAACCUGAGGACAAGUAGAUUUCCCUUGCGGUUUUUAAGUUAAUUCCGAUAACGAAUUUAAUUGCAGUAUUUUUUUACUACUCUCUCGUUUGUUUUGCACUACGUGUGGGAUGAAGUAGAUGAACACCGAUGCCCGCUGGGGUUUGGAAGGUGAGCGUUGGAUAGACCCCGUGGAUUUAAUUUCCCAACCAGGUGGGAAAUUGCUGGUGGGUUUUGGGGGGAGGGGGGAGCAGGCUGGUGUGUUUGGUUUGGUUUGGUUUUUUUACCGUAGGUGUGUAUAUAUUUUGUAAAUGGGUGACAAAGAGAUCUAGGUCUAGGUAUAUUCACCGUGGUGAGGAUGUGACCCAAACCAGCAGAAGACAGGUGGCCCUGCUCUUUCCCUCUGUUGGUCCUUCAGUUGGUGUCUUCACUCCAGGUGGUGGUGGUGUCCUUCCCUUGGAAUGGUUUGGACAGGCUCUGGCCCUGGACCAGCACUGCCCUGGGAGAUGCCAGACCCUCCGUGGUGGGGUGGGAGCUCCUUCCAGGAGGUCCUUGGUGCUGUGGGGACACACCUGUCUUCUCCUGAUUUGAGCUUCUAGCAGUGAAUCAUUUGUUCAUCCCAACCACUUAACCCCGGUAUCACAUGUUUAUGCACUGAAGGGUUAAAUACCGUAUUUUGAUACAUGUUUGUUUAUUAUGUACGUGCUGGUCUGUAAAAUGAGAUAUUUUUUCCUGUUUUUGGUAUGUGUCCUAAGUCCCCCAAUUGAACAGAAAGGCUUCUCCUUGCACGCUGUUGGGUAAAUGCAGGUUGGUUGAGAUGAUCUGACCCAAACAGAUCCCCUCGGAUCCAAAGAGUGGUGACUGAGUGGAGACACCAGGACAGGUUUGUCCCUCAAAAGGGGGAGGAGGUCCUCAGUGAGCGUGUGCAGGAUUUCUGUGUUCUCUCUAACGUUGCCUUCACCCUUCCCAAAACGAUGCGAAACCAGCAGAGUUCAGAAGAUCAGGCUUAGCGGCCUUUAACGUUUUUGGUUUGAAGGAAAGGCCGUUUUAACAACUCUCAAAUGCCUUUUUGAGUCCAACAGGGAUUUCUUCCCCCUGCCCUCCAGAUUUCACAUCAGCCCCAAAUUUAAAGAAGUCUUCUUUCCCUACGGAUUGGAACUCAUAUGGCUGCGUAACCAAACCCCAACAGAAGCCAGGAUUGUGACAGUGACACUGUCCUAGUGGAAACACUGUGUAGGACCAACGUGGGGUGGUGAAGGGAGUGGGACCAUCAGGGAAGAGGGUGGUCAACUGCAUCCAGCUGCAUCAGCAGGUUUUACGGGGCUGUGCUUUCCAUGUUUGGCAUGGAAAAAAUCAAGGUAAUUACUAAUUACAGUUGCGUAGCGUAGAGGAUAGUCGGGGUUUACGUUGUGCAGGUGGAAUCACCACAGCCUCCCUUCUUGACCCUUCAGACCCUGGUGGUGCUGGGAGGAGGUGAAGGGGGAAGAACCAGACUUACUGUGUUCCCUCUGGCAGCUGGUGCUGUGGGCAACUGCUUUGUUCACUUGGGGAGUGGGUUUUUGAGGUGUUUUGUUUUCCCCCGUUUCUUUCGAGCUUCUAAUGCAAACACUUGCUUUGUUUUUCCCUGUAAAAAAAAAAAAAAAAGACUCUGUCGAGCAAAACUAUACUCAUGUACACUAACAUUAGUAGGCUGUAUUCUCUGCAAGUACCUCACAUGUCUUCUCCUGCCUUGUUCUCUGUAGUGUACUGACCCAUGUACUCCUGCCAUGCCUGUGUAGUGUAACGUCACGCUGAUGAGAGGGGGUUGGCUGCCUCCGGCCGACAGUCAUCAGUCCGAUAGCAAAACUCUUUAGAUAAGUUAUUUUGCACUUUCUUAUGUAUAAAAUGGGUAGAAACUUAUAUUUGCUUUGUAUCAUUUAAGAGACUCAACUUUCGUUUCGGUAAAUGAACCGUGUAUAAAAUAUUUAUGCAGUUAAAACUGUUUUUAGAAAGUAUUUUUAAUUUCAGCAAGUUUGGUUACUUGUUGCAUGACUAUUAACACAGCUGACUUUUUGUGUCAGUGCAAUGUAUAUUUUUUUUUGUCCUGUUAUUAACUUGUAAGCCCUAGUUAAAUGGCCAUUUAUUUGUACAGCAUCAGGAGUAAAUUGAAGAUAACUGGCUAAGACUGGAGUGUGGAAUUUUGUACUAUAUUGCAGAAUCCAAUAUCUGUUUUUUGGUGGUUAUGUAAAAGGCCUGACGAUUUACUAUCUAGUGUGCAAUCUGUGAUAUCUGAAUGUUCAUUGUAUAUUUGUCUCCAAUGCAAAAAGGUAGAGUAACACAAUUACAACAAUACAUGAUGAAAUGCAAUAGUUCAGGUACUGAAGUUUUUUGGUUUUUUUUUUUUCUUUUUUUUUCAUUUCAAAUAAAUACCUGCUAUUUACCACCAAAAA